AUGCAGGCAUCGCAUCCUUCUGACACUUGGCAUUUGACCAUCGUUUGCACCAAAGGAUUACAGUUUGUACGCCCGGAGAAGUCAUGGCGACCUAUCGUCUCCGUUUUCGUGAUGGGGAACGAGCAGACGCAUGAGACUAUCCUCGGGUCCGAUGGACAGAAUCCAAACCUCAAAAUGCCAUUGCUGUUGCGUGAUGUAGGUAUCGAGUCUAAGCUCGACAUCCGCGUAUGGCAUAAAUCGCACAGCAAAAGCAAAAAUCGGAAGAAGCGUCAUCUCGUUGGGUCUGUAUAUAUAUCUUUGGGAGAGCUUCUGAAAAAGCAGGACAGUCCUGGUGCAAAUCUGGAUCUGCGUCUGAGCUGCCCGGGACCGCAAAAAAAGAGUCCGACCGUCCGUGGGCGGCAGCUACAUUAUGCAGUACUCACAGUCAGACUCCAUCCACCGUCGUAUCUAAUUACUCCACCAUCUUCCGCCGCAUUACAUGCGUCGUCGUCGUCGUCAAGCUCAAGUAAUGUGAGUGAUGACGACUCUGAGGCCGCGUCUGAUUUUGACGUGGAUCAAGCCCCUCCGAGCGGGGAAGCGUGCAACGAAGAGUUGAAGACCGAUUCCGUCGACGUUGGUAACCAACUCAGGAGAAGACGACGGCGGCGAAUUCAGGGAUACCGAAUUGGCUCAGAUGACGACCCAUGCACCUCAGUAUCAUGCGAGUCGUCGGGCCCAUCGACACCACACGAGGAAUACUUCCCUUCUUUUAGAGAGGACGACUCGUUCGAGGAUAACUCGUUCGAGUUCAAUGACAGCAAAGAGAGCGGAGGGUGGUUCUCGUCAAUGAUGCUGCCCCGCUAUGUCGAUCAGAUUAGUAUGCAGACUCCGCUGUCCCUCGCGGAAAGCAUUCUCGACAUAUUUACACCGUACCGCGAGCUUCAAGAGGCGACCCUAGAGUGUGACUUUGAGAAAGUCCUCGGGCGACUGCUGACCGAAUGGUACGUCGUGGGUGCAUCGCUUCUGGCUCUAGCUGGAAUUGAUGCAGCCGUAUUUGGCUUCAAUCCCGGAACGCUGUUCGACACAGACGGGGCCAUGCAACGUGUGGUUGCGUUUGGAGCCAUCUCAGCAGGCCUUGGAAUCGUGUUUGACGCGUGGUUCCUCUUCCUAUACAGCGGCGCGAACGCCACUAAGUUCCAGAAACUCGCGACAGACGUGUACAACUCGUACUUCUUCUUCUGCCUCACCUGCAGGCUGCCCACGCUCUUCAUGUUCCUCUCCGCGGUUGCGCUGAUGGUCUUCCUCCUCGGCGUGGCGUGGACGAGGUGGCCCACGGCGGUGCUGGUGAUGUCCUGCGUCGCGGGCACGCUCAUCAGCCUGCAGUACCUCGUCUUCGGGUUCCAUAGGCUGUGGAAUUUUGGCAUCUGGUGUGGAAGGAGCAUUUGGUGGGUCGUGAGGGGCAGAAGAGCCUUUGCGGAGUCGUGCGUUUCUUCGCAGGAACAGCCGGCACCUGAAACGAGUCCGUCCAGAGCAAGAGGUAAGUCCGGUGAUUAG